AUGGCGGAUGCAUUAUCAACGGAAAGAACAGGCAGUACAUCCAGGCCUAUUGACGGUGUCCCUCAAGACUUGAAACGCGGAUUUCGCUUCUGGAUUGUUAUUAUUGGUCUCGGCGUCACGGCCCUUCUAGCUGCAUUGGAGCACACCGUGGUCAUAACUUCGGCACCCGUAAUUUUAACGGACCUUCAACUACGGGAAGAUUUCGUAUGGAUAACAAACGCUUUUUUAAUCUGCAGUGCCGCAUUUCAACCUCUCUUCGGUCAGCUAUGCGACAUUUUUGGUCGACGAUGGAUUUAUAUUGCUAUCGUAGCCACAUUCACCCUUGGCAGCGGCAUAUGUGGCCGAGCAAGGACUGGGGGCAUGUUAAUCGCGGGCCGGGCCGUGCAAGGUAUAGGAUCUGGAGGGAUCGUCUUAAUGAAUAACGUUAUAGUUUCGGACUUGGUCCCACUACGCGAACGAGGGAAAUAUACGGCCGUGGUUCUUGCCAUUUUUUCACUCGGAAUCUCAACCGGCCCUACAAUCGGCGGUGCUAUAGUUAAUACGACGACAUGGCGCUGGGUCUUUUGGAUCAACCUGCCGGUUGGCGGAGUAUCGCUUCUAAUAAUGUUCCUGUUCCUUUACGUCGAAUAUGACCAGGAGACGUCUCUCAUUCAGAAAAUCAAGCGUAUUGACUUUAUAGGUAAUGGCAUACUUAUGGCAGGCACGGUAGCGAUUCUUUACUCGCUUACAUAUGCCGGAACCGUCUAUGCGUGGUCGUCAUGGCAUACGUUAGUGCCCUUGUUUCUCGGCUUUCUCGGUCUAUUACUAUUCAUAGCCUUCGAGAUCAGCGGCCUGCCGGUCGAACCAGUGAUGCCGGUGCAUCUGUUUGCGCAUCGUACAUCUGUGAUCGUCAUCAUCAACACCUUUUUAAAUUCAACAAUGUACUUCUGGUUUUUAUAUUUUCUCCCUGUCUAUUUCCAGGCCGCGGCUCUAUAUACGCCAUUCCGUACCGGUUACUCCCUACUACCAAUGUCCCUUUUCGGAGUGUCUGGCGCUGCUGUUGCUGCCAUCGCGCUCAGUAUUUGGGGAAAGUUUACGCCCCUGCAUUUCGCGGGCUUCGCAAUCACAACGCUUGGUAUGGGAUUGCUUUCAACAAUGGAUGAGAAUACAUCUAUAGCUGUGUGGGCUGUUUUCCAGUCUAUCGGCGCUCUCGGUAUUGGUAUUGUCAUUGAUACUCUAUUGCCUGCUUUUCAAGCACCCGUGGCCGAGAUUGACCAGGCUGCUGCCACUGCUGCAUGGAGCUUCAUUUUGAAUACCAUAUCCGACAGUGACGCGCGUCGGUUACUAUCUGGUGGUGGCGCAUAUCAGCAAGCAUCCGCCGCUUUUGUAACAAGCUUUUCUCCAUCUGUACAGGCAGAAGUUCGUGCCGUGUAUCGAGAAGGGCUAAAACGAGUGUUCUUGAUAGGUAUAGCUUUCGCUGGUCUUGCGACUCUGCUGGUUUUAUUAGAGCGAGAUAUACCAUUGAGACAGGAAUUGGAUACGCGAUAUGGACUCAAAGAUGACAUGGAAAAACCCGAGAAAAAUGGCGCAGGGGGUGUGGCUGAGCAAAAAGACAUUAAUCUAGAAACCGAGGAAGUAGUUCAAUGCGAAUAG